UGUUUAUGGCUUAGAAUUUGUUGCUUGUUCGCGAUACUUGGAGAAAAUUUAGCAUUAUAAGCUUAAUAAUUAUUGUUUAUAUUUAUCAGUGUUUUUUGUGUAUCUUUGAAUGUUUAAAGUGUUCUACGAUGUCUUCUAUGGAUUUUGACUUCUAACAAAAGAGAAAAGUGAUUUUGUGCUCUUUCUAGGACAACCAGUGAAGUGACGCGCCAUUGUUGUGUUUAAACCAAAUACAAUCUAUAAAUAAUUUGCUAACCAUUAUAGCAAUUUAUAAAACAAUUCUUUCCUUGAUAUUUGUGAUGUACCCGCAUCCCACCAGCGCGGAAGAAGAACAGACGACGAAUCUUAUACCAAGUGUCAAUCUUCUUCAUUCUAAAAGGAAAGGGAUAUUCAUACACCCGUCUGCUAUGUACAGAAGUAGUGCUCCGAAUUGCACGAUUACAAACUUUUUUUUCGUUACAAGAAGUUUGAGUGGGUAAAUCAUUGAUACCAAAUAAAGAUGAAACUCUUAGAGAGCGGACGCCUGGAGGCGCUAAGUAGUGCGCUGUCUAUCCUGAACGGUGACAGUGCUGUCCAAGGUCGGGUAGAAAGUUACAGCUGCAAAAUGGCAGGUGCUGAAAAAGCUUUCUACAAGAAGUUCACAGCAGACGGAGAGACAACUCACAACCUCCAAGCACUAUCCCCACCAGAAGGUGUUACAUAUAGUCGAAGUCUAUCUGGUGAUGAAGAGGGUGUCCUGUGUGAUACCAUAUCUCGGAAGACAUUGUUCUAUUUGAUUGCUACACUGAAUGCUGCUUUUCCAGAUUAUGAUUUUUCAAUGGCCAAGAGCAGUGAAUUUAGUGCAGAGCCAUCACUGAGUUGGGUACAGGGGGCUGUUGAUGCUGCACUGUCCGCUGUAGGUGGUGUGCGUUGGAGACAAUUGAGACCAGCUUUAUGGGCUGCUAUAGAAGAAGAAGUACACUUGCCUGAAUGUCGUAUUUAUAGCUAUAACCCAGACCUAGCUAGUGAUCCGUUUGGUGAGCCCGGCUGUCUCUGGACAUUCAAUUAUUUCUUUUACAACAAGAAGCUAAAAAGGAUUGUUUUUUUUACAUGCAGAGCUAUGAGUCCUGUUUGUGCUGAUUCCGGAGUCGACUUUGCUAUGGAUGAAGAUGAAGAAUAUAAUUAAAUAAUUUCUUCUAAUUUUUCUAUGGUACUGUUUUUAUGAUUUCAAUUAUUUUCUACUAUAGUGCUAUUAUGGGUUACAAACAAACUAUAGUGCAAGUUAUACAUAGUAAAUAUCAAUUUUAUAUGUAAUCUUCAUCAUAGCUAUUAAAACUUAAAGUUAAAAGGUCAGAUGGAUAGUAUUUGUUUUUUGCCCACUGACCUAAAGCUUAUUAGUCUUAUGUUAUUUUAUUAAUUAGAAUAGUACCUAAAGGUAUUCAGAUGGAAACAAAUAAAAAAAAAAUUAACCUUAUUUUAUGAAUGUUAACAUAUUCAUAUUAUUUAUUAAGUAAAGAAAUUAUAUUGAAAGUUUUCAUUAUUGGAAAAUAUGUAAUUUAUGAAAAAAAUAAAAAGCAGUAGGAACAGGUUUGAUACUUAAUGUACUACUUCGAUAAUUGGCUAUUAGGGUAAUUAAACUGAUUACUAAUUGAACACCUGACUUUACUUUAAAAUUACUUAUUUCUGCAAUUCUGUUUUCAAUUUGAAUUAUAAUUCAAUGUAAACUAUGCAACAUGUGAUGUGUGUGAUGAUGAUUUGAUUGUACAUAUUUACUGUACACAAUUAUCAUGUUUUUAUAAAUAAGAUUUUUUGAUUCUAAUAAUACCUAUUGUAUUGCACCUAGUCCAAUUAAGGUACAAAAAGAUAAACGAUCUCGAUAUCUUUGCACAAUAAAUAUAUUUAUCGUAAGAAAUAAGUGACAAUAUCAUCUAAUUUUGAUUCAUUUUUUAAGAAAUAGUUGUAGAUGAAUCAUUUGCAUUACAAAACACAUGAUUAAUAAGUAUGCACAGUACGUCCUAAAUAGAAAGAGGAAAGCUUAUUAAUGCUUCAUUAAUUGCAAGCAAUUAUAUUUUUAUCCAUUGUACUAGAAAAUAGUUACUAAGUAUAACCCUUUUUUGCAACAUAAUUAUUCUUGCAAUAAUAUUCUCUUAGUAAACUGAUUUAGCAACAGUAUAUAUGGAAAUGUCACUAACACUUUUAAUAUGCAAGAUGUAUUUUGAAUAAGAAAAAUUUAUACAAGGUUUGAAAUGAUUGACGUUUACAAAUUAAAGGCUUAGAGAAAUAUUUGACGACCUUUUACGUGAAUAGGUAUGUAAUUAUACUGAUUAGAAUAGUUUCGGGUGUUUCUAGUAAAAUUUAAUGUCACUAAAUCCGCCUAUAGAUUUUGGGCUUCACCUUUACAUUUGUAUUAAUAUUAGUUGAAUAUUUUUAAAAUAAAUAGUUUCUUCAGUUCUGAA